AUGGUUGGUGGAAUGGAUCAGAAGCCGGAGCACGUCUUCGUCGCGUGGUUUCUCCGCGCGCGUCGCCCGCCUGCCUGGUCAGCGCGGCCUGGAGCUCCCAGCCGGGUCGCCGUCCUCUCCUCACCAACCGCCAGACUCCGGUACCACCGUACUUAAUAGAGACUCCCAUCGGACAGGGAGAGGAUAUUUUCGGUGAGAGGGACCAAAGCAGACCCGCGGAGGGAAGGCCAUGGAGGACGGAGGCCUGCGCGCGAGCAUUCUCGUCAAGGAUGGUGCAACAUGCCAUGGUGAAGAAUCACAGUCUCUACUGGAAGUAUCUCAACACCCAGAACUUAAACCUAGAGGUUCUGACUGGAGACCACCUGCAAUCAUUCUUGGACUUGAAUGCUUGGAGAGUAUGGCUUUCAAUGGCAUCGCCACAAACCUAGUUGUGUAUAUCCGCUCAGUUCUCCAUGGUGGCAUUGCCUCAAGUGCUUCAAUUGUUUCUCUUUGGUAUGGGACUAGCUUCUUUGUGCCUAUACUUGGAGCAGGCAUAGCGGAUGCUUACUGGGGAAAUUACAAGACUGUCUUGAUCUCCCUUGUUAUGUACCUACUUGGCAUGGUACUCAUUACAGUUGGAUCAUUUAUACCUUCUGCUCCAGCCUUAUGCAACUUAGGCUCAUGCUCGUCAUCAAAAGGAACUGAGAAUCUAAUUUUCUUCUCGGGUUUGUAUCUAUCUGCUGUUGGUUGUGGAGGAGUAAGGUCCGCAUUGCUUCCACUUGGGGCAGACCAAUUCAACAAUGAGAACAGUCUAGAUACGCCAAAGAGGAGGAAUUUCUUCAGUUUGUUUUAUAUCUGUGUCAUCUUUGGUGUGAUUACUUCUGGCACCAUUGUAGUCUGGGUUCAGGAAAAUGUGAGCUGGGCUAUAGGAUAUGGUAUUGCUACCACAUGCAUAGCUCUGGCUUUGGUAGGCUUUGUGGCCGGAACACCAAUAUUCCGGCGGCGUGAGCCUAGUGGUUCCCCAAUGAAGAGUAUUUUCCAGGUUACUUUUGCUACUUUUAAGAACAUGAGCUUAGAAAUCCCUGCCGAUAGCUCUCUUCUUUAUGAGGCCAGGAGCAAGAACACACACAAGAGAGGACCGAGAUUAGCUCAUACUGAUGAUUUCAGGUUCUUGGAUAAGGCAGCCGUUAUUUCUGAUCUUCCCUUUGACAACAGCAGUUGCCAAAGUUCUUGGAGGAUCUGUACUGUAACUCAAGUCGAGGAAUUGAAAAUACUAAUCCGACUGCUUCCAAUUUGGGCGACUGGAGUAUUCUUUGCUUCUGCAAUCUCACAAAUGCACACUACCUUCAUUCAGCAGGGAACCGUGAUGAACACCAAGAUUGGCUCGCUGUCCAUUCCACCAGCUUCCUUGUAUUCCUUUGAAGUGAUAUGUGUGACACUUUGGGUUCUUCUUAUGAACAAAGUCAUUGUACCAGCGACCAGGACAUUCUUCACAAGUGGAGCGGAGCUAACACAGUUGCAGAGGAUCGGGAUUGGCCGUUUCCUAAUGAUCUUUGCCAUGGCAAUGGCUGCUCUUUUAGAAGCAAAGAGGCUAGAGAGCGUCCAGCAUGGCAAUCCAUUAAGCAUCAUGUGGCAGCUGCCGCAGUACUUCGUCAUCGCUGGGGCAGAAUGCUUCGUCAUCAUUGCUCAGCUGGAGUUCUUCCAUGGCCAGGCACCUGACUCCAUGAAGAGCAUGUUGACGGCGUUUGCGUUGCUCACCACUGCUCUCGGCAACUACUUGAGCUCAGCUAUCAUCACCCUUAUUGCGAGGCUGACUAGGGAAUGGCAGAGCCCUGGAUGGAUACCUGAUGACCUGAACGAAGGGCACCUUGACUACUUCUACUGGUGCCUUACAGCCAUCUCAUUUGUGAAUUUUAUUGUCUAUGUCUAUUUUGCUAGUAAAUACAGAUUAAAGAAAAUUGUUAUUGAUGGCUAAAAUCCAUUGUAACCACACCACACCAAUUGAAAGUGUAUAUAUAGGCCACAGAACUAGAAAAACAUUUUCUGUAUCCAGAAAUCGGCUUAGGGUAUCUGAGAAUGAUGUGUUGUGUUGAUAAUACCGUGAUGGCACCUUCAGAAAGAUGAUUUUGUGAAGUUCUGAA